UGAUUGCUAACAGGGAGUUUCUCUGCCACACAAACACUGCAGGCCAGCUGGCUUCCCUCUAACUCGCCCAAAGGGAUGGGAACCCAUGCCAGAAUCCUAUGAAAAGCCAUCACUCAAACCCUCUGUGACUAAGGGAAGGUGGGCUGCAGUGGCCCAUGGAUUUCCUACAAGAAAAUGACACUCUUGAUCAGAUGGGUGAGAACAGCACAGGUGUGUCUGAACUGUACAAAACCACACAGCAGAAUCAAGUCUUCGGCAUUAUUUUGUCAAUCGCGGGAAGUUUCCUGAUCAGCAUUUCUCUUAAUCUGCAGAAAUACACGCAUCUUCGACUAGCAAGACAACAGGAUCCUAUCCCUUACUACAAAAGCAAGCUAUGGUGGUGUGGAAUCAUUGUGAUGGGCAUUGGAGAACUGGGCAACUUUGCAGCGUAUGGAUUUGCCCCGGCAACACUUAUUGCACCAUUGGGAUGUGUGGCCGUUAUAGGUAGUGCAGCAAUUUCUGUUGUGUUCCUGAAAGAAACUCUGCGGGCAUCAGAUGUAAUAGGAGGGAGUUUGGCAAUUGCAGGAACAUAUCUUUUAGUGACAUUUUCUCCAAAUGUAUUCCAAGAAAUCACUGCGGUGAAAGUACAAAGAUAUAUUAUAAGCUGGCAAUUUUUAGUUUAUAUGAUCUUGGAAAUUAUAAUCUUCUGUAUCUUAUUGUAUUUAUACAAGAGGAAGGGGGUGAACCACAUUGUAGUUUUGCUACUGCUGGUAGCACUACUUGCAUCCUUGGCAGUGAUUUCUGUGAAAGCUGUUUCUGGGAUGAUAGCAAUGACCCUGAAAGGUCACAUGCAACUGACUUACCCUAUUUUCUACGUCAUGAUUGUUAUAAUGGUGGCUUCAUGUGCGUUCCAGGUCAAGUUUCUAAAUCAAGCCAUGCAACUCUACAAUGCCACAGAGGUCGUGCCAAUUAACUUUGUAUUUUUCACAACCAGUGCCAUAUUCGCAGGUGUGAUAUUUUACCAGGAAUUCAGAGAUGCGGCCAUAUUGAAUAUAUGCAUGUUUAUUUUUGGGUGUAUUUUGUCUUUCCUUGGUGUAUUUUUAAUUGCAAGAAACCAAGAAAAACAACCUAUUCAAGAACCUUUUAUCAACUUUGGUGAAAUUCCUGGAAAGGAAAGUGUGGAUAAAAUCCAGCCAAGUGCAAACAACGUGUCAUAUGGAACUGUGCCUAAUUAGUUAAAGCCACUGGCAAAGCGAAGAGGAUGAAAGUGGGUCGUCAAAAUUACCCAAAAACUUAUUUAUUGCCUAAAUUUUCAUCACUGUACUGUCUGUUCUUUGUAAUGUUAUACGAUCGCUAUAGUUUGUUUUUUAUGUAAAAAAAGAAAAGUUAGAAACAACCAAGUUAACUGUUACAUGUACACUAGAAAAGGACUGGGUUAUAAACAGAUCAUUAAUACUACUUCAUGCUCAUUAUACCUUGAGCUCUAGUACAUUUAUGGCUGUGUUUAAUUAAUCAAUUCAGGGGGAAGUUCUAAAAUUGGAACUAUGGAACAUAGUGGAAUAUCCAUGCUGGUUCUUUGAGUAGAACCCCCACGGUGUCCUUAAGUUCUGCAUCUUGGAUGAUGUGCAACCUCAGGAGAUUUAAAUAUUGGUGUUUCUUUUUUGUUUAAAGCGAUCCAGUAAUGUUACAUAAUUCUCAGGGAGAAUGUAAAAUUGAGAAUAUAUAUUUAUAGAUUUAUAUCUUCUGGAUAAGUAUGGUGCACAGGUUAUUUUCAUUAGUGUACAUGUGGAGUUAAUGAGCACAAAUGCACUUUGGCAUUAUUUUAUAUAGUUUACAUAGAUGGCACGGUUAUUAAUUGUCAUUGUAUAAAACACUUUUCAGACUGGCAUAAUAUAAACGUUUGCAGGAAGUACAUUUACAAUCAUCCUGCAGUCAAGGUGUCUGGCGAUUUAGUAUGAGUGGACCGUGUGAUCUACACUACGUUAAUUCUUGAAGGAACUUUGUGUGAUUAAAUGCAUCACACCUUCCAUUAUUCAUUAUCAGAAGAGUGCAAGGGGCAGGGAAACACAAAUCAACAUGUUCAUCCAACUAAUUCACAAGAUAUUGUGAAUCCUAACCAUCACAUCCCACACAUCGAGGGUAAGGGUUUAAAACAAGUAGUUGGGAACCCUAAAAAUGUCCCAGUUAUCUGUCACAAAAAUAAUUCUAUGAUGAUCAGAGUGUGUAAGACAAAACAUUCGAGAAUCUUCCUUCUGGCAUUGUACUUUCAGUUUUCAAAAAUUCUGCUGAUCAUUGAAAAUGUGUGCUUGAUUAUGUGAC